AUGGUGAACCUCUCCGUUCUACGGCCGGCUCUGGCCACUAACCUCUGCACUACCCGCGCUUCCGGGCGGCUCGUCCCUCGCUCCUGGCCGGUCGGUCUGGUAGACGUCGCGCCAUCUCUUAUCGCCAUUGAAGGCCAGAGAAAGUGGCAUUCCAGCCAUGCGCGAGCUCGCCAGACGAAAGCCCUCGUCCCGGCCGUCUCGAAGCCUCUGCAGCUCGUCCGCCAUGCUUCCGUCGUCUCUGGGCCCGGCCCCGUGGCUACGGCGACCUACUCCACGGUCGUGGAACCGCAAACUGUGCCGUACGCACAACUUACUGUUGGCGUGCCAAAAGAGAUCUACUUGAAUGAGCGCCGUGUCGCGUUGACUCCGCAGAAUGUAGCUUUGCUGCUCAAGAAGGGCUUCUCCAAUGUCCUCGUGGAGCGCGGCGCUGGAGUCGAGGCCGACUUUCCAGACGCUGCCUACGAGACCGCUGGCGCAACAAUUGUCGACAACGCAAACCAGGUCUGGUCCGGCUCCGACAUCGUGCUCAAGGUCCGCGGGCCUAUUCCCGCAGAAAUCGAGCUCAUGAAGGAGAACCAGACAGUCAUUUCCUUCCUCCAACCCGCACAGAACAAACCCAUUGUUGAGAAGCUUGCGGCGCAGAAAGCGACGUCUUUCGCCAUGGAUCUAAUCCCUCGUAUUUCGCGCGCCCAGGUCUUCGAUGCCCUCAGCUCUAUGGCUAACAUUGCUGGCUACAAGGCCGUUCUCGAGGCCUCAAACAAUUUUGGUCGCUUCCUGACAGGCCAGGUCACGGCCGCCGGCAAGGUACCUCCGUGCAAAGUGCUCGUCAUUGGCGCCGGCGUCGCUGGUCUCAGCGCGAUCGCGACUGCGAGGAGGCUCGGGGCCAUUGUCCGAGGCUUUGACACACGGCCUGCAGCUCGCGAGCAGGUCCAGUCGCUCGGCGCCGAGUUCGUCGAGGUCGACAUCAAGGAAGACGGUUCAGGAGCUGGCGGGUACGCCAAAGAGAUGUCCAAGGAGUUUAUCGAGGCCGAGAUGAAGCUCUUCACCGAGCAAGCACGCGAGGUCGACAUCAUUAUUACCACUGCUCUGAUCCCCGGAAAGCCCGCGCCCAAGCUGAUCACCAAGGCGAUGCUCGAAAUCAUGAAGCCUGGUUCUGUUGUCGUUGACCUAGCAGCCGAGGCUGGUGGUAACUGUGAAAAGACCCGACCAGGUGAGCUGUACGUGUACAAGGACGUCAAGAUCAUUGGUUAUACCGACCUACCCUCUAGACUCCCGACCCAAUCUUCGACUUUGUACUCUAAUAACAUCACCAAGUUCUUGCUGUCUAUGGCUCCCAAGGAGAAGGAAUUCGGAAUUGACCUCUCUGACGAAGUCGUUCGUGGCGCGAUCGUCACCCGAAAGGGAGACGUUCUUCCUCCCGCGCCUCGACCAGCACCGCCACCUGCUCCAGCUCAAGCUGCGCCUGUGGCCAAGGAGGCUGAAGUCGUAGCUCUGACGCCUUUCCAGAAGACAUCCCGUGAAGUCGCGACCGUCACAGCCGGUAUGGGAACUGCACUGGCACUGGGCAAGAUGACAGGCCCCCUGUUCAUGGGCAAUGCGUUCACUUUCGCCCUCGCCUCUCUGAUCGGAUACAGAGUCGUCUGGGGAGUCACUCCCGCUCUGCACUCGCCACUCAUGAGUGUGACCAAUGCUAUCUCGGGAAUGGUCGGAAUCGGUGGCCUAUUCAUCCUGGGUGGCGGCUAUCUUCCUCAAACCUUCCCACAGGUCCUCGGCGCACUAUCAGUUCUGCUCGCAUUUGUAAACGUAUCUGGCGGCUUCGUUAUCACCAAGCGUAUGCUCGACAUGUUCAAGCGACCAACCGAUCCGCCCGAAUACCCAUGGCUCUACGCCAUCCCUGCCGCUGUAUUCGGCGGCGGAUACGUCGCUGCAGCUGCUACUGGAGCCGCAGGCCUGGUUCAGGCGGGCUACGCCGUCAGCUCUGUUCUCUGCAUCAGCUCUCUUUCCAGCCUAGCCUCGCAAUCCACCGCUCGUAUGGGCAACAUGCUGGGCAUGCUCGGAGUCGGCUCCGGCGUGUUGGCGUCUCUCCUGGCUGUUGGUUUCUCCCCGGAAGUGCUUACCCAGUUUGGCGGUCUUGCGGCUCUCGGAAGCAUUGCUGGUCUCCUCAUCGGAAAGCGGAUUACUCCUACCGAUCUACCUCAGACGGUCGCCGCCCUACACUCUGUUGUAGGCCUGGCUGCUGUUCUGACUUCCAUCGGAAGCGUGAUGGCACACAUUGAAGAUGUCUCAACAUUACAUCUCGUCACGGGAUACUUGGGAGUUCUGAUCGGCGGCAUCACGUUUACAGGAUCCAUCGUUGCCUUCCUCAAGCUCGCAGGAAGAAUGUCCUCCAAGCCGCUUCAGUUGCCUGGAAGACAUUUGCUAAACUCGGGUAUGCUCACGGCAAACGUUGCCACCAUGGGUGCCUUCGUGACGAUGGCACCUGGUUCACCAUUGAUUGCCGCCGCAGCGUUGUCGGCAAACACCAUUCUCUCCUUCGCCAAGGGCUACACUACAACAGCAGCGAUUGGCGGUGCGGAUAUGCCAGUCGUCAUCACGGUGCUGAACGCCUACUCUGGGUUCGCUCUGGUAGCCGAAGGCUUCAUGCUGGACAAUCCGCUACUGACUACCAUCGGAGCAUUGAUUGGUGUAUCCGGUUCCAUUCUAUCAUACAUCAUGUGCGUCGCGAUGAAUCGAUCGUUGACGAACGUCCUCUUCGGCGGUAUAUCGGCGCCGCAGCAAUCGGACUACAAGAUAGAGGGCUCAGUAACACAGACAAACGUCGAAGACACAGCUGAAGCGCUCGUCAACGCAGAGAACGUCAUCAUAGUAGUGGGCUACGGAAUGGCCGUGGCGAAGGCGCAGUAUGCCAUCAGCGAAAUCACGAGUAUGCUUCGCGCCAAGAACAUCAACGUCCGCUUCGCCAUUCACCCCGUUGCCGGCCGUAUGCCCGGGCAAUGCAACGUGCUCCUGGCGGAGGCGAGCGUGCCCUAUGACAUCGUCUUGGAGAUGGACGAGAUCAACGAUGACUUCAACGACACCGACGUGACCCUGGUCAUCGGUGCCAAUGAUACUGUUAACCCCAUCGCGUUGGAGCCGGGCAGCCCGAUCGCCGGAAUGCCCGUCCUGCAGGCGUGGAAGAGUAAGCAGGUCAUUGUGAUGAAGAGAGGCAUGGCUAGUGGAUAUGCCGACGUACCGAACCCCAUGUUUUACAUGCCCGGAACGCGCAUGUUGUUUGGAGACGCUAAAGUUACUUGCGACGCAAUCAAAGCAGCCGUCGAGGCCCGAGCAACAUAG